AUGGCCCCCCGUGACGGAGAUCGUUUCGACUUUAUCGUCGUCGGCGGCGGCACAGCCGGCAACAUUGUCGCCGCUCGCCUCGCCGAGAACCCAAAGGCCAGCAUCCUCGUCGUCGAGGCUGGUAUCGGCUCCUCCAAGGAUAAUGAGGAGAUUCGAACCCCCGGCCGUGCCAUGGAAAUCCGCGGCAGCGAGUACGACUGGGCUUACAAGACGACCAUGGUCAAGCGGGACGACUACGAACGCAUCGAGAAGCCCAACACCCGCGGCAAGGCCCUCGGUGGCAGCUCUUCCCUGAACUACUUUUCCUGGGUUCCUGGAUCCAAGGGCACCUUUGAUCUCUGGGAAGAGUAUGGCGGCAAGGAGUGGACCUGGGACCCUCUGGUGCCCUACCUUCGCAAGAGCGCCACGUACCACGACGACGAGGGCCUCUACCCCAAGGAGCUCCAGAAGAUUGGUGUCGACGGCCCGAUUCCCAUUGCCCACGCCUCUCUGAUGCCCGAGAUGAAACCCUUCCGCGAGCUCCUCACCAAGGCCUGGACCUCGACCGGCGAGCCCAUGUCGGAGAACAUCUUUGACGGCACCAUGCGUGGCCUGGUUCACAGCGUCAACAGUAUCUACAAGGGUCGUCGCUCUGGUAGCUUUCUUGCCGUUGCUGGAAAGUCCAACAUCACCAUCCUCCCUGAGGUGCACUCCAAGAAGCUCAUUAUUGAUCAGGCCGACCGCACCGCCAAGGGUGUGACCGUCAUUGCCUCGAAUGGACAGGAGCUCAACUUCUUUGCCAGCCGCGAGGUCAUUGUCUCUCAGGGUGUUUUCGAGUCUCCCAAGCUGCUCAUGCUAAGUGGUAUUGGUCCUGCGCAGGAGCUUGCCAAGCACAACAUUCCCCUCUUGAUCGACUCUCCCCAUGUUGGCCAGCAUCUUCUGGACCACCCUGGCGUGCCCUUUGUUCUCAAGAUCAAGGAUGCCUACUCCAUGGACAGCCAUGUCCUUCGCAAGGGCCCCAAGCAUGACAAGCUCCUCUCUGCUUACAGCAACGGCCAUCAAGGCGCCAUGGGCUCUCCCUUCCUGGAGAUGAUUGGCUUCCCCCGCAUCGACAAGUACCUGGAGAAGUCACCCGAGUAUCGCAAGGCCAAGGCCGACAACGGCGGCAAGGACCCCUUCUGCCCUUACGGCCAGCCUCACUUUGAGCUUGACUUUAUCCCCCUCUUUGGCAGCGCUUUCCAGUGGCACUUUCCUCACCCCAAGACGGGCAGCUACAUGACCGUCAUGGUCGAUCUCGUCCGCCCCGUUUCCGAGGGCGGCACCGUGACGCUCAACAGCGCCGAUCCCCUCGAGCAGGCCAACAUUAACCUGAACUACUUCAACAACGACCUCGACAUUAUUGCCAUGCGCGAGGGUAUCCGAUACACGUACGAUGUCCUGCUCCACGGUGAGGGCUUCAAGGACAUUGUCGAGGCAGAGUAUCCCUGGGAGAUGCCCCUCGACGAUGACGAGGCUAUGAAGCGCACCGUGCUGGACCGCUCCCAGACUUCGUUCCACCCCUGCGGUACCGCGCGCAUUGGCAAGAAUAUCCAGCAGGGUGCCAUAGAUCCUAGCCUGAAGGUCUACGGCGUCAAGAAUCUGCGUGUCAUUGACGCAUCCUCGAUUCCUGUCAUUCCCGACUGCAGAAUCCAGAACUCGGUUUAUAUGGUGGCUGAGAAGGGUGCAGAUGCCAUCAAACGCGACCACAAGGAUCUUUACGUCUAA